CCAUUUGCGAGAUUGGAAGCUAAAGGUAAAAAGCAGAAUGCAGACUUUUGUAAAUAUUUUUCUGGGAUGUUUUAUCUUCGAGUCUAUUGGAGCUGCGCCUAUUGCUAAUACCAUAAUUUAUGAUUCUGAGUUCUAUGAUAUACCACUUGGAGAGUGGCCUCAUCCAUUUGUCUAUGAUGCAAAUGAACAGUCCGACCAAUUAGAGACAGAGUUUGGGACAGCACUACCUUCUAUAAUUCAGGAGAGUUAUUCUUCUGCACCAUUGACAGAAGAACCUGAGGAGGAAGCAUCAACACCAAAAUUACUUGACGGAUCUUCAGCACAGGGGUCUGGGGUUCUUGGACCCCAAACUCAAGAUGGUCUUCCCACUUGCCUCUUGUGUACAUGCCUAGGGACCACAGUCUACUGCGACGAUCAUGAGCUUGAUGUUGUUCCACCAUUGCCGAAGAAAACCAUGUAUUUUUACUCACGCUACAACAGAAUCAAGAAAAUCAACAGAAAUGACUUUGCUAACUUAAACAAUUUAAAGAGGAUUGAUUUGACUGCAAACUUGAUAUCAGAGAUCCACGAAGAUGCCUUUCGGAGAUUGCCCCAACUCGAGGAGCUGGUGCUCUGUGACAAUAGGAUAAGGCAACUCCCUGAGCUACCAUCUACUUUAACAUUCGUCGAUGUUAGUAAGAACAGGCUUGGUCACAAAGGAAUACGUAAUGAGGCAUUUAAAGACCUGCAUGAACUGCAGCAUCUUUACAUCACUGACAAUAACCUGGAUCACAUUCCAUUGCCACUCCCUGAAAGCCUCCAAGCUCUUCAUCUUCAGAACAACAACAUUCAAGAGAUGCAUGAAGACACUUUCUGCAAAACGAAAGAUUUUACUUAUGUACGUAGGGCUCUUGAAGACAUCAGACUGGAUGGUAAUCCCAUCAACCUGAGCAAAACACCUUAUGCAUACAUGUGUCUGCCUCGUUUGCCAGUUGGUAAUCUCAUCUAAGGUUUGACAGAAGCAAAUACUGUCAUACUCUAUAAGGAUCUUUAAAGACAAUUGAACUUAGUGCUACACAAAGCAAGAUGCAUUUUUUUUAAAAUCUCAUUAAUUUGGGAAAUAUUUCUAUUAAUAAUGAAAUUGAUUACUGAGAUACAACAAAUAAUAUGAAAUGCUAAAAAA